AUGCCGAACCCAUCCCUGCAGCCCCCUGACCAACCCGUCGCCCUCCGCCGCUCACAUCUACUCUCCCCUUCACCAGACCGAUUGACCAACGCCCCCACCACUCUCCGCGUCAUCCGCGAAAACACCCUCUCCGGCCGCGACUUCAGCAUCCACCAGCUGCGCAGCGACGAAGAAGUCACCAGCCCCCGCCGCAGUACCCUCCUCUACACCGUCUUCGGCCGCCUCUGGAGCAACUCGCAACACCGCGAGAUCCGCGACCCAAACGGCCGCCCCCUCCUCGAGCUCCGCCGGAUCUGGUGGCGGGGCCAAUGGACCGUGAAACGGCCUGGCGGCGUCGGCGAUGACCUGCUGAGCGCCGAGCUGCGCUGGGGCAUCGGGAUCAAGAUCGCCGUCCGCUUCGAGAACGCGCUCGCCUCGGGCCGCUGGGACGCGGACGAGCUGGUGAAUAUGAAUAUGAACAUGAACAGGCGGCUGGACGCCUAUCGCAGCCCGCACCCGCGCCGGCAUACGCUCUCCUCCUCGCGCCGGAACCCGCCCUUUCGCCGCCGACAGGAGCCCGAGCCCGACGCCCCACCGCCGUAUACACCGCCGCCGUACAGCGCCGUGCUAGCGGAGGACCAUGCGCGGGGGGUGAGGCGUGGGGAGGCCAAUGGCCAAGGACAUGGUAAUGGGGGGAGCGAGGGUAGUGGCAGCGGGGCGGAGAGUGAAGAGUCGCUUGAUGAGGACGACAAGGUGCGUGCGGAUCGCCAGCAGGCGCCGCUGCCGUCUUAUGAGUCUGUGAGGCGGUUCUCGAGUACUUCCUUGCGGGAUCUGCUGGAUGCGAUUGAGCCUCCGGGAGAGCCGGCGCCGGCUUCGACGGCCUCGUUUCCGCCGCCCAGGCCGAGGUCUGAGGGCGGCAUUGUGGAUACGGUGAAUGCAAUGGUGGACUUGAAGGUGGUGCAACUCAAUAGCACGGAGGCGAUUGUCACGAUGGGAGAAAAGCGGAUCAUCUAUGUGCGCAAGGAACGGGUGCUUGAUUCUCAUAUAUUUGGGUCAAUGCCAAGAUGGGAGGUCGAGGUUGCCGAGGGCGUGGAUUUAUUAUUGGCCGUCAGUAUUGUGCUCAUCAUCGCGGAGUUUGUCAAGCACGAAUAUCGGAUUCGGGCUAAUUGA